CGCCGGCAUAAAUACCUCACCUCUCCUCGUCAACCCACACCACCACAUACAGAGCUUAGCUCAGAGAGCAUUUGCCCAUUGCACGCUCAGUCGCUCACACAACGCUUCUGCCAUGGCCAAGGACCUCGAGGCGGCGCCAGGGGGCGGGGACUACGCGCCCAAGGACUACUCGGACCCGCCGCCAGCGCCGCUCUUCGACGCGGAGGAGCUGACCAAGUGGUCCCUGUACCGGGCGGUGAUCGCCGAGUUCGUGGCCACGCUCCUCUUCCUCUACAUCACGGUGGCCACUGUGAUCGGGUACAAGCACCAGUCGGACCCCAACGCGACCCCCGCCGACGCGGCGUGCAGCGGCGUCGGCAUCCUCGGCAUCGCGUGGGCGUUCGGCGGCAUGAUCUUCGUGCUCGUCUACUGCACCGCCGGCGUGUCGGGCGGGCACAUCAACCCGGCCGUGACGUUCGGCCUGUUCCUGGCGCGCAAGGUGUCGCUGGUACGCGCCGUGCUCUACAUCGUGGCGCAGUGCCUGGGCGCCAUCUGCGGCGUGGGGCUCGUCAAGGGGUUCCAGAGCGCCUUCUACGUGCGCUACGGUGGCGGCGCCAACGAGCUCAGCUCGGGAUACACCAAGGGCACCGGCCUCGCUGCCGAGAUCAUUGGCACCUUCGUGCUGGUCUACACCGUCUUCUCAGCUACCGACCCCAAGCGCAGUGCCCGUGACUCCCAUGUCCCCGUGCUGGCUCCUCUGCCAAUCGGCUUCGCGGUGUUCAUGGUCCACUUGGCCACCAUCCCCAUCACUGGUACCGGCAUCAACCCGGCCAGGAGCCUGGGAGCUGCUGUGAUCUACAACAAGGAGAAGGCCUGGGAUGACCACUGGAUCUUCUGGGUGGGGCCAUUCAUCGGCGCUGCCAUCGCCGCCGCCUACCACCAGUACGUCCUGAGGGCCAGCGCCACCAAGCUCGGCUCCUCUGCCUCCUUCAACAGGGGCUAGAUCGACCGACCGGCCGCCGUCUCGAUGAUCGGAGGCACUGAACUGUAGAUAUAUCAGAGGACAGAGGGGCCUCCAGUGUUCUGCUGUUCGGGCCCUGAAUUGUGCUGGUCGUACGCGCGUCUGUAUCUUCCUGAGGUCCCCGCUUUUGCUGCUUGUUUUUCUACCGAUCGAGUGUGUUUCUGUUUACAGUUUACUUCCAUGUACCUAUCUAUGAAUGAUGAUGUAUGCAUCUGGAGUCUGGGUAACCAGGGAAAGAAAAUGAAAUGCAGUGUGAACGUACGGUUCGAUUUGUGAACUA